AUUCAGCCUUAGUACUGCUCAAUGUCAAUAGGCAACUAAACAGAGCUCGCUAUAGUGUGUACAUUUAGUUAUUAAGAGUAAGAUAUUUGGAGGGGAAAACAUAUCAGCUGAACACCCGAGCACGGCAUGCAGAAGUUCACUGGGAAUCAUGGAGCACGUACGAGGUUAUUACGUCGACUGGAGGAUGCUGCGAGAUGUGAAAAGAAGACAGAUGGCGUAUGAGUAUGCAGACACAAGACUGCGGAUCAACGCCAUCAGAAAGAACACACUUUUACCUAAAGAGUUACAGGAGGUAGCUGAUAAAGAAAUCGCGGCAUUGCCCCGAGACAGCUGCCCGGUGCGUAUCCGCAACCGAUGUGUGGUUACGUCGCGACCCCGUGGAGUGAAACGCAGGUGGCGUCUGAGCCGCAUCGUCUUCAGACACCUAGCAGACCAUAGCCAGAUGUCAGGCAUACAGAGAGCGAUGUGGUGAAAAUGUCACGGUGAACAAUUCAGUGUCGAUGACUUGUGGCUUCAGUAUGGAGAAGCCAGAGAUCAAAGUGUUCACAAUCCCAGCAGAAACGUAUCAUCCACGUGUGCACAUGAAUUGCUGUUUUUGAAGAUAUUGUCCUGUAAAGUGUGUUAGUAAUCUGGGAAAUAUUUUGUUGCUCUGAGCAUAAUAAAACCUAUUCUGUAUGAUUCUA